CUCAUCUUCUGGUGCACGUCUCGACCAUCUGGAUGAGGACCUACACUUCGGCUGGAGUUCAAAUCUCAAACCACGACAACUUGGGGCAGAUCAUGUCCUUUCGUCUGGACAUUUGCAAGCAGCUAUGAAUGAUCUAUCUUCCCCGUUCGCACCAUUCUCCACCGCCGGAAGAUGAUGUUGUUCACCUCACACUCUCCAAACCAUGAAUCAGCAACCACCUCAACCUCUCUACCCCGGGCCUCGACAGCCUGCGCCCGUUUCCAAUGGCGACCAUAACUUCUCUCAACCCAAACCUCCUACGAGGCAACCCGACCAGCAAGACAACAACCAGUCUCGCGCCGCGCGAUUCGAAGAUGAGAAGAGGCGCAUCAUCGACGCCUGCUUCAGCAAGCGAGAUCCCGAGGGGAUGCAACUCGAGUCAUACAUCACCCACGUCAGAGUGCUCGAAGAUGCCUCAUACCCAUCCUCUCCUCCUCCUCCGGACUCUCCUCAACCCAACAAGAAGCACAGAGUCAUCCUUGUUGCCGUCCGACGCUCCGGCAAGGUGAGAGUCCACAAGGCUCGCGAGAACCCGAACGGCUCCUUCUCCAUCGGCAAGACGUGGAAUCUCGACGAGUUGACCGCCAUAAUCUCCUACACGUCCCUCGUGCCGGCGAACCCCCAGCAGCAGAUGGAGAAGCAGUGGGCAUCCAAUACUGGCUUCACCGUGUCUCUCGGCAAGCCCUAUUUUUGGUCCGCCCCCACACCGAAAGAGAAGGAUUUCUUUAUUGCGAGUCUGAUCAAGAUAUACCGAAAGUACACAGGAGGAAAGCUCCCAGACCUUAUAGGCUUUGCUCCGCAGGAACUACAACAGAUCACCGGUGUACCAUCCGCCCAAAAUACCCCUACUUCGAGGACCAAUUUCUCUCCGAUCGUCCCAUCCCCAACUCCUCCACCUCCUCCAGCCCUGAGUCAAACUGCUGCCGUACCUCCUCUCAGUGCAAACCGACCACAAUCUCCAUAUGUCACUCAGCCGCCUCCGAGCCGAGAUGGGAGUCGGAUGGAGCUGCCGGAACAAAACAGGGCUUUUGGCCGACAGGAAUAUCGUCCACCGACCAGAGACGCGGUGCGGCCACCUUCUCAGGCAGAAGAACGGCCUCUGGGCCUGCCUCCGAGACCGAACCGAGGCGCACCGGUGCAGGAUAGCUCUCGCGUACAGGCUUACAGUGCUCCGAUGAAGCGCGAUGAAGCGCGCACGCCGUCGCUGUCCGACAGCCUCCAACCGGCUCCGCUCCGACCGUCCAUCAGCCCCAAGGCCUCUCAAUCGUCACUCCAGCGACCCGAUCCCGCCCUUGAACCACCGCCUCUGAGGCCCAACGGUCUGAAUGUCGCGAAAGUUGGCACGCAAGACUUUUCGGCAAAAAGAACGGGGCCUAUGCAGGAUCAAGACUCAAACAGGGAUGGUGGUCGCAGUGAACCGUUAAGCAGCUCAAGGCCGAGCACGGCAACGAGCGAUCGCAGGGCGCCGGAACCACCCCCUAGUCUUCCAGCACUUGACUUUGAACUCUUCCCCGAGCGGAAGAAGCCCACCUCUGCUAUGGCUGAUCUCAAACCCGAGCACCCACCUCCCUCGAGUCAGAGUAACAGUGCGUUCGUAACACCACUGGGGACGCCGACCGCGCACAAAGAAGAACAGUCCCAGCGGAAACCGGAUUACUUUGUGGUUGAGAAGGCUGCGGCGGAGAACAAGCUGUCACAAGCAAACGACAUUGUACCACCAAAGGCUGUGUACAACGAAGUAACUACAGCAGAGCCAGAAGCUAUCAAGCCUACAAACGAGCCCGUGGAUGUCGAGCCGUCCGAGCCGCUGCCCCUUCCAAAAGUUGAAGAGGAGCAUCGCCCUGGCCUUGGUCCUAUGAUCAAGAAGAGAUCCGGCAAGGAUAUCGCGAAUCAAUUCCGAAAAGCUGCUCUUGCCGCUGGCGCAUUCCAACCCCGUCAAGGUGGUGCCGGUGCGCGGUUGAAGGCGAUGCAGGAAAAACUCUCCAAUGAGCCAGAUGGCAUCACCAGUGUUGUCCCGGCGCCAUUGAAGAGAGGGAUGAGCUCGGAUGGCGCAAGGAGUGGGACCCCUGAUCUAGCCACCACUGAAAACGAGAAAGACCUACCGACGCCGAAGUUUGCGCCUAGUGAACCCCCUCCCCGAGUUCAGAUCGAGCGCACCGCGACCUCGGACAGCGUCGCCAGGCCGGAAACGCCUACGACGAAGCCCAUCCCUGUCGAGCCCGAGGGACCACAGGGAGAAACAAGGGCGGAGUCCCCGGAUAAGGGCCGGUCAUCUUCGCCACAAAGAAAACGUCGACAAAGGCUGGAGGCGGAAGUUGAGAAGCACUGUACAGCUUUAGGGAUCGAUCCACGGGUCAUCGAGGGCCGUGGAGCCGACUUGAACGAACUCCUGGCAGAAUUUUCAUGGGAUGGGAGACUCGCAAAUGACCAGCUUUUGGACAACUUCGAGACCGACAUUCGAAGGGAGAUUGGCCGUGCCCAAGCCAGCGGCUGGCUCGGCCAUGUCGAACACCAAGAGACCAAGGUACAAGAGCUUGGAAAGGCAUUCGAAAAGGCAAUUGCCGAAUGUGAAGAGCUUGAUGGGCUGUUGACGCUCUAUGCGCAUGAGCUCGAUACUCUGCACGAAGAUAUCGAAUACAUCGAGGCGCAAGGACAAGGAUUGCAAGUACAGACUGCCAAUCAGAAGUUGCUGCAGGCUGAAUUGCAAAAUCUCCUGAGGACGUUGACAAUCCCCCCGUCCGAUCUUCGCGCCUUGCGACUUGCACCAAUCGACAACUUUGAAGGCGUUCAGGCAGUCGAGCGCGCAUUGGCUUUGCUCUACAGGGCAAUGCUGACGAUCGAUCCAGACUUGCGCCAGAACAAGCUCCGUCAAGCGGCUUCUGCAAACCGCACUGGGAUGGGAACGAAUGCUGAGGCCGACCUCACCAAGAUGCGGGCGGUGCGCGAGAAGAAGGAGGAAUACAAGGACGAGAGCAUGAUGUUCGUCAACCGCUUCAAUCAGCACAUGAAGGCCAUGUUCCAGAUGGCUGAACAGCGGACAAGUGAGGAAAAUGCUAGUGUGAGCAUUUCUUCCGGAGCCUCAUCUUUCACGCCUAGCCUGCGGGCUUUCAAUGCCUCGCGGCAAGAGCUUUGGGUCUACAAUGCCAUGAUGCUUUUCGUACGAGAGGUCAAUCAGUACGAAUGGCAGACACUGAUUGGCAGCUACGAGAUCAAUGUCAAGAGCAUCUACCAGGAGCAGUUCCGAGAGUUCACCAUGGGUCUUAGAAGGACCGUCAGACACCCCAUGGGAGAGGAGCAAGAAAUCCUUUUCACCCACCAAGACAAGGAGAAGGCCGAGGAGUCCAAUCUUUCUACCGCAGCUCGCAAGCUGACGGUCAAACGUGGCAGGACGGUCAAGACGAGUGCUAUGAGACAUUCAAUCAGCGAAAGACGAGAUGGCAAGCCCGAUGCCUGGGCCGUAUUCGACGGGGUCCUUCAACAACAAGCCACGGCUAUUUCGGAAGAACAGAAUUUCAUCGUCCAUUUCUUCCAUCUGAACUCGCAGUCGAAUGAGGAUUUUGCGGAGCUAGUACAAGGCCUGACUCCUGAACAGCGCAAGCUGCCCAACUUGCAGGCCAAACAAGCUUACGACCCGGAUCGUAAUUUGGCCAAGAUCGUACAGAAUACUACGGAAGGGAUCUACUCCUUCUGGCCUUCAGACCUCCAAGCGUUGGUGGAAUGGGUCUUCAAGAUGGAUCAAUUGCAAGGUGUGGGCGUCCUAGUCUCGCUCGAACAGUGCCUGUCCAAGUAUGAGGAAACAAACCAAGAAUUCAUUACUCGGACAGUAAGGACCCUUCACGAGAGGCUCGUCGGUCUUUUCCAUAAAUUUGUCGAAGAACAAGUCAAGGCGAUAGAGGAAACCAAGGUGAAGGUCAAGAAGAGGAAAGGACUGAUUUCUUUCAUGAGGGUUUUCCCAGACUUCAUGGCGGUGGUGGAAGAGAUGAUUCCCCAGGAAUUUGCCCACCAGGAAGCUCUUGAAGUGCGCUUUAUUGUGAACGACGCGUACACCAAACUUCUGAAAGCCAUGUGGGAGUCUCUCAACUUCAUCGCCAAAGACAAUCCGGCGGCCAACUCUUCCAGCGGGACAACAACAGGGCACUCGAACGCACCCACGAGCGGCGACCCAGAAGAUAAAGAGGUAUUGAACUAUCAUAUUCUCUUGAUCGAGAACAUGAACUACUUCGUCGAAGAAGUCAAAACGCACAACAACGUGGUUCUCGAAGAGUGGGUUGAGCGAGCGUCGCGCGAUCAGUUAUCCCAUCUAGCACAGUACACGGACGCCGUGAUCCGCCGGCCACUGGGCAAAUGGCUCGAUUUCCUGGAAAGCACCGAAGCCCUGAUGAAGACGAACGAGGCGUCGUUGACGUCGAUCGCGAGCAAACCCUCCCACUCGCGCAGCGCGGCAAAGAAGAUCCUCGGCAGCUAUGACGCGAAAGAGGUGCGCAAGGGCGUGGAGACGCUGAAGAAGAGGAUCGAGAAGCACUUCACGGACGCGGACGAUCUUCCCGCGGCCGGCUUGGAGAGGCCCGGCAAGAAGGAUUUGAUCACGAGGGUGUUUGACGAGUGUGCGGUCCGGUACGCCCACGCCCACGACCGGAUGAGGAUGGUCGUCGAGAGAGUAUACGAGGGAACCUUGGAGAUUGAGUGGAGGAAGGAGGAUGUGCAGGGCAUGUUCAAGAGAUGAGGGGUCGGUGCUGGAGGGGAAAAAACAGAGUGCUGAAGAACCUGACGAGGAGUGCGAGUGAUUGAUUGAUUGAUGGGUGGGUGGAUGGGUGGAAUGGAUGGAUUUGGAGCAGCAACGGCCACUUCCCAGAAAGAAAGAAAAGGCAACAAAAACAGCCAGACUCUUCCCAGCCGGCUACCUCUCUUCACCCAUGCCCUUUGCGUUCUCUAGCGGCAGCGACAGCGACGGCAGCAGCAGCAUCUUGUGCAAUGUUCGCGACGCGCGACAGGGAUGAGAGCAAUCUUCUUGGAAUAUCUAUCUGUUACUACCUAAGUACCUACCACCUACCUAUGGAGAAGAGGUAUAUGAUUUGAGGAUGUCGGCGUCCUGUGUACAAACAAUGACCUUUCUGAAGCACACAAGUUUUGUCCUAGUUCGAUUUGUCCAUCCAUCUAUUCGUC